CAGUUGCUGUCAUUUUCCCACCAGCCUCCAACACCGAAUUCUCAAAACGAAUAUGCGGCAGAUUAACUUUCAAACUGCUCGUCCGACUUUCCCCCACGACUAAGUCUCCCCUCCGCCAUGUCUCCUCGAAAGCGCCAGCGUACCACUCCAUCUGCGCCGAGCUCAUCGAGUCCACCGCCCGCGGCAAUUGCCCCUGCGAUCCCAACGUCGGCUACGUCACAGGUCACGGCCGUCUCAGAACCCGCGAACCGCCCAGCGCGAGAUAUGCCUUUGAUGAGGGACAGAAGCGGCAGCGAGACGAAGAAUACACCACAAAACUCACAGAAACAGGUCCGCAAGGCGCGAAGUUGGUACGGCUCUUGGCCACGCGUCCCAAAGACCUCCGCAUCUACCCAACUGGCACGAGAAACAAUAUUCGGAGGCACUUCCAAACCCUCUAGCAUACCCGACCUUCGAAGAUUUGACACCAAAAAGAGCAUCGACUCGGCGAGUUUCGACGGCCCGGCAGAUUCAUCAGCAUCAUUACCACAGAUCCCCGAGGACGGCGCUGCGACGCCGGAAAUAAACGCACCGAUCAAGCAGGACGGCUCUGGUGUCAAAGCACAGGCUUCAUCGACGGAUGCUAGUAAACCAGUAGAAGGAACACCGGCGAAAGUCGACGAUACGAACAAGACGAUAGAAGAGCCGCAAGCGCAAGGUGUCCAGCCACCGGCUACAACUUCAGGCUGGUUUGGGUGGCUAGCACGGGCCCCAGUAACAGAAACACAAUCGUUCACACCGGUAGAAGAGACACCAAAGGAGGCAGAUCCCGUACCAGAGCCAGAGCCAGAGCCAGAGCCAGAACCCCAACCAGCACCAUCAGCCGAACCACCUGCCCCCGAGCCCCCCGUAGAAAACCCAGGUCCCAACCCGCCCUCAUCGACAAACUCUUGGUUUAGUUUCUGGUACUCGAACGCCCCUGCGACAGAGAACCCCACAGACUCGGAUACCCCGAAGCCCACGGAAAACACCGAGAUGCCCAAGGCACCCGAGGAGCCGGUGAAGCAGCCCGAAGACGUGGUCAUGGAGGACGCACCACCACUGAAGCCAGAGCCUGCCAAGACACCUUCGGCCGGUUCCACCUGGGCCUUUUGGUCUAGAGACACUCGUCCGAAGGCUGAGGGAACGAACAAUCAGGCAACGCAACCAGAAUCAGGCGAGCUUGCGGUCAUGGGACAGGGAUCUGAAGCGGAUCCAGAGCUUACGGGAAUGAAUGUUGAACAAUCACAAUCAGACCAAGCAACGAAAGACGGGAAGAAUGCCAAGACCACCAAAGACGCAAAGUCAUCCAAGAGUUCCAAGGCGGGUACCGCGUCAGCACCGUCAACGUUUGGAAGGAAGAGUAAGAGAAACCGUCCUCAAUCGAUGGAUUUAGACAUACCAUCUAGACCUGGGACACCGAAUCGGCCGGAAUCAGUGGCCUCAUCGAAGGCUUCCGUGGCGGAAACAACACCAAAAGAACCGCCCCUGAAACCAGGCACACCAAAGGCUAGCCCAAGCCAAGAAACACUUUCGAAGACAACUCCUCCGAAUCUUCUGUUACCCUCGUUUGGGAGUACUUACCGGAUGAAAGACAACCCAUCCAUCAUCAAACAAAUCACCUCACUGUUGCUUCGUACUCAGCAGGCUCCGGCGAAUCAUGUUUAUAAAGUAAAGGAAACGCCCAAGAUCAAGAAAGCCAUCGCGAUUGGCGUCCAUGGACUUUUCCCGGCGAUGUAUCUGAGAGCUAUGGUCGGCCAGCCGACAGGAACGUCAUUACGCUUCGCCAACCUCGGCGCCGAGGCCAUCAGGAGAUGGACCGAUGCUCACGGUUGCACCGAUUGCGAAAUUGAAAAGGUCGCUUUGGAGGGCGACGGGAAGAUCGCGGACAGGGUAGACAACCUGUGGAAGCUCCUUCUUAACUGGAUUGAGCACAUUCGCAAUGCAGAUCUCAUCUUGGUCGCCAGUCACUCUCAAGGUGUGCCUGUCGGAGUCAUGCUGCUGGCAAAGCUCAUAGAUCUGGGCAUCAUAACGAAUGCCAAAAUCGGCGUUUGCGCCAUGGCCGGAGUUUCGUUGGGUCCGUUCCCAGACUACAAGUCGAGCAUGGGAAUCCUGAUGGGGGCCGCCAACGAGUUGUGGGAAUUUUCAAAUCCAGACAGCGAGAUUUCCAAGAGAUACGAGCACUCGCUUAAAGAAGUCCUCAAAUACGGCGCGAGAAUCACAUACAUCGGCAGCAUUGACGACCAACUGGUGCCGAUGGAAUCAGCAAUUUACUCACCAGCAUCUCACCCCUACAUCUACCGCGCGGUGUUCAUCGACGGCCGCAUCCACGCGCCAGACUUCAUCGCCCACCUCGUCGGCUUCGCCCUCAAACUCCGCAACCUAGGCGUCUCGGACCACGGACUGAUAAGAGAACUCUCCACCCCGCUCGCAGGCAGCCUCUACUCGGGCGAAGGCCACUCGCGCCUCUACUACGACGACCAAGUCUACGACCUCGCGCUCACCCACGCACUCGAGACGUCCGACGUCCACCCCAACGUGCCCGCUACCGUUGCCCACCGCCGCGACUCGACGGGUGCCGGGGCCGGGGCCUCUGUCGCGAACCCGAACCCGUAUCACCUGCCGUGGAUAAUGCGUGGUUUGCUGGAGGAGGACUUUGUCCGUACGGAGCUGUCCUCCGAGACGGAGGAGUUGUUGAGACAGUUUGAUGACUGGAAGCCCGUUACCAAGGCGCUCAAGGAUGUCAAGUAUCGGCUUGAGGCGAUUCGGUCGAAGCUGUAAGACGGCCAUCAUGGGAAUAGAAUUGGCCAUGUCCUGCUGAGAAGAAUUGGGGCUCGAAGGGCAUCUCCCAAUCCCUACUUCUCAUUUCCUACACUUCUUUUCUUUUUCUCUUGUCUCUUUUUGGCCGGAGUUUAGCGGCUAAAGACUGAUGAGAUGGAUUCACCGGCGUUUCUUAUCAUGCUUUGGGAAGGAGGGGAGACGAAUACCUAGACUAACAUACACUUUACAACCAUUACACGAUGCUUGGUGUCUUUACACUUACGACGGCCAGGACAGAUAUAACAAUGUACACAAAUUCAAUACACUAUUCAAACAA